GUUUUGGUGAGAGAAGGGGAGUACAACCGUGCAGGGAGUAGUUCAUGGGUCAUGGCGGCUGUGGCGCACGACCGCCGGAGAAGGGGAUGUGCUCCCGGGGCUACCUCCACCGCUGCGGCUGAAGACGACGGGGAGGAGCAGCAACUCAACCCCUUCCUCUUGGACGCGGCACCCUCGUCCUCGAGAGUCCAGUUCAGGAACGUCGCGUCGCGGGCGCGGUGGGUGGAGGAGGCUGGUGCGGCAGGGGUGUUGGACAACAAGGGGAAGCUCUGGCUGACCACCGGCAUAGCACGGGGUGGCAAGCUCUACUACAAUGUGGAGGAGAUCGGGUUCUUGGCAGAAAGAGGGGCAUUGGUUCUUCUUGAUGACAAGGAUGAAACAGUUGGAAUGGAGGAUAUCUAUGGAAAGAUUGCAACAGGAAGUUAUGGGUGCUCCUGGGAUGCCUUCCAAGCUUACAGGCACUUGAAGUUGCUUGGCUACAUUGUUGGACGGUAUGACAUUCCCUGGACAAUGAAGCAAAUCCGUUCUGGUGAUGUCACCAAUUCCCCCGUGAGUAUGGAUGGCACAAGCCAGAGCUUUGGUAAAGCCAAUGGUGCCUGCAAUGACAUUACCAAAUUGCUCGAAGGAAUGCACAUAGAUGGGAUGUAUCCAUCCUUUAAAGUGCAUCUACCAAAUAGCAAAUUUAAGAAGUCGUCCCCAGGAGUCCCUAGUUCUCUUGUAUGUCUGUUAAGAGACAAGCCACCUUCAAGGGAUGAACUGGAAACGGUGGAGAACAAGUUUGACGGCAUUCCUCUUAAAUUCUGUCAAGUUGUUAAUGGGCGUGUCAGCUUCCUCUCCUUCAAUAAAGUUACACUUCCUAGUUUGUCCUGAUAGAUAGCUGCAGGAAUGGUUUUUAGCUUUCGCAUGUCCUGGUCCUGUAAAGCCAUGAGCCCACGGACUGCAUCAGGAUGUCUGCUUCUGUGCCGCUUCUCAGGGCCGAGAAAGUUGCCAGGUUGAUCUUCAGGUUCUUCAGUUGUGUGUGGAAUCGUGUCCACUCUUUGCUGAUUGGUUACUACUGAAUACUGGUGAUGUUGUUUCGGGUGGUGCAACAGGAAAAUUUGGG